UGGUGGACUUUGUGUCAUCAGACCUGGAGGACAUUGCUCAGAAGUGUUCUCUGUCUUACAAGGCGCUUGUUGCAGUGAGACGUGUGCUCCUGGCCCAGUUCUCUGCCUUCCCUGCCAAUGGAGCAGACCUCUAUGAGGAGCUGAAGAGCUCCACGGCCAUCCUGCCCACUGGGAGCUCAAGCCUGGACCGGCUGCUGGAUUCCGGGCUGUACACAGGGGAAGUGACGGAGCUCAUGGGAGCACCGGGCAGUGGGAAGACGCAGGUGUGCCUGGGCAUUGCGGCCAGCGCGUCUCUUGGCCUCAAGCAGCACGUCCUGUUUCUCGACUCCACGGGGGGGUUCACUGCCUCCCGUCUCUACCAGAUGCUUCAAGCCCAGGCAGAGGACAAGGAAGAGCAGCUGGAGGCUCUGCAGCGGGUCCAGGUGGUCCGUGUGUUUGACAUCUAUGAAAUGCUGAGCGCCUUGCAGGAGCUGCGGGAUCGCCUCUCCCAGCAGGUCGUGAGCUCCAUGGGACCUCUAAAGGUCGUGGUGAUUGACUCUGUCUCGGCUGCGAUUCACCCGCUGCUGGGCGGCAAGCAGUCGGAGGGUUUGGCCAUCAUGAUGCAGUUAGCCAGGGAGCUGAAGACACUGGCCAGGGAGUUCAGCCUUGCUGUUGUGGUGACUAACCAGGUGACAAGGGACAGCAGCACUGGUCCACUGAAGCCAGCCCUUGGCCGCUCCUGGAGUUUCGUGCCCAGCACCCGGGUGCUGCUGGAGAGCAAAGAAGCCACCUGGGAGAAAGCCACCGUGCGUCGCGUUGCUUCCUUGGCCAAGUCACCCCGGCAGCCGACGGGGAUACAGGUGGAGCUGGAUAUUGGAAAUGGUGAUGUGCAAGAGCUGAGCCCAGCAACGCCCACAGAGGGGCUCUGA